AUGACUGCUGUGACACUUCCUCAGCCACUUCCAGUGGUGCCGCCUGAGCCUUAUACCUCAACGAAGACGGCCAUCACUAAAGUCCCUAUUACACUCGACUGUACUUUACACGACCUGUACUCCUUGGACAAUGACACUCCCGAAAACAUUGUUCUCGCUUAUGAUCACCCUUGCAAAUUCCCCCACGACCAACUCAAUUCGUCUCCGUAUCCGCGGUUUCUGUACGCUGCCAAUUUCCCCGAUAUGAAUGCAGAAGGGGAGAUGCCGAACCUACAGAAGCGCGGUGUCGCCCAACGAUAUUCCUUCGUGGCUGGUCGUACCCCUGUCCUGAUGAUUGACCUGAGUGGGAAUGGGGGUGAAGAAGUUUCAAGCCUCUUGACAACGUCAAAGGACGAAUUACGGCGUCUCUAUGACCAAUUGAGCCCGGAGCAACGGCCCAACGCGCAAAUAGUCAGGAGUACGCACGAUGUCCAACUGACCCCGGACUCGCGUGCAGUAUUCAUUGUGCCGCAUGAUCAUAUGUGCGCAAUGUUAAAUCAAGCACUAGAACCAGAGAUGCUUUACGAGGUCCUGUCUAAGCGUUGGCUGGCCGUGAGUGGUCUGCCAACACCAAAGUCCAAGGUUAUCGAUCCGCUACCGGUAAACUCCUGGAUAGCAGGCCGAGACGCAGAAGUCAGACGGAUGCUGCAAGCUGUUCAGCAGCAAAGCUUCCCCUUUGUGGUUAAAAUAUCUAUUGCUACCUCGGGCUGUGGAACAUUUGUUAUCCGACGUGAAUCGGAUAGAGGCACUGCUAUUAACGAGAUACGGGGUCUCCUCGAAGAUGGGCUCAAGAAAGUCAAUGAAGAGAAUGAGCAACUGUACCCUGCAAGCUUCGUCAUUCAGGAGCUAGUGCCAGGUGAGGCCCAUGGGGUCACAUUUUUCGUUACUAAAAAGGGCCGUGCGGUGUACCUGGCCACGUCUCGACAGCGUUUCACCCAGGAAGGGUUCUGGAAUGGUGGGUGCGUGUCGUACCUCUUGCAACCCAUGUUUCAGGAUCGGUAUAGAUCUACGAUAGAGGUUUUGGCCAAAGCGUUGCACAACAAAGGGUACUACGGGCCGGUGGGAGCCGAUGUCAUGACAGAUGCAAAUGGGGAGCAUGUUAUAGUCGAUGUCAAUCCACGCGUUACCGGAUCCUACCAUUUGGGGCUGCUUAAGACCCAUUUCAUGCAACGUGGCUUAUGUGAAGCGGCAGUUCUCUCCCGCUUAGAUAUUCCUUGCACGCAGAAUGCGUUUGAGGAACUCUUCGCGGCGGAUAUUGCGCAAGGAAGGUUGAUAAUAAAUGCAUGGGUCACCGAUUCUAAAAAGGAGAGCAGCCAUGCCGUCCUGACGGUGGGAGCGGAGGACGCUGUCAAACUGGGUCGGUUGAUUCGUGUUAUCGAGACAUUUGUCAAGACGGGAGAAUAUGCUGAAAGUGCUGAACUAUGA